AUGAAUGCUCCCUGGGGCUCUAAAGACACUACUUCUGCCGGGCGAUGGAGGCUUCUAGCAAAUUACAUCAAGGGAAAUAGUUCGCAAUCAGCUGGAUUACCGUCGACCGAUGUUUACCGGCUUUUCGUUAUAAAAUGCGUUUCGUCAAAGGUAAAGAUAAGUUCACCGGGGACAAAGUUUCAGUAAACACCUAUCCUUUAUUUUAGAUCUGUCGUCAUUUUUGUGUUAAUCCCUUUUUUAUCAUAAACGACCUCUUCGAAAGAUAAGAGGGUUAGGCGAAAUGCACUGUAUGAACUUUUAGAAUACUCGUACUUCCGAAUGUCGCCCUAUUGAUGUAGGACGUUUAUUCGCAUCGUUGGUCUGAACAAAUAAAUAGUGUUUCCAGAGAGUCUGCGAAUCAUUAUCACUCGAGAAAGUUACAAAGAUGGCUCCAAAUCGUUUGCGGAGUUGUGCUUUCACUGGCCUCCACUGGCUGACGAACUCCACAUCAUUUGCAUUUAUUCUCCACUGUCUAAUGCAAAUGGUCCUACUGACUUGCUAGUGCUGGCCAGAUCUCCGACUUACCAAAUUUGGAUUCCUAACUAGCAGCAUCUAGGCCCAAACAGGCUCGGAUAUACCGUUUUUAGGCCAAUGAUGGCUAACGUGAGUCGAACCUAAAACCGCGUACUUUUUGGCAGGAAAACACCUCAUAAACUUGCCGUUGUACUUAGAUCGGGUUUGCGUGUUUGACCUAAUCUCCCUGAAAACCAGCUCCUCAUUUAGGGUGCCAAACAGAUAGCACGUCAGAAUGUGGCGCCGAAGUGCGUCAGUAGGUACCAUUUGCAUCUUUACAUGUUGGAAUACUGAUCAGGCACGUCCGCACAGGUAGUGUCCGUGUACCCUUAUGCCUAUUGGCUUUCUCCCCUCAUUCGCCGUUACCCUGAUAGCACUUAGUCGUCCAGGGCUAGCCCGUUUGGGUUGUGGGCUAGUGCAGAGCUAAUAACCUAACUGGCUGAGAGUGCUCGAUCUGUGCGAGGAGAGUAGCUUUUCUGCUACACCCCCGCCUUGAUGCUCACCCGAGUGCAUUUUCCACGUCACGCCUGGGGGGUCCCUUUGUGCGUACGCACGCACUUUGCCCGGAAUUUAGGCUCCUGUAUGGCGACUUAAAUCGCCUGGGACUAUAACGCCCUCAACUCGCCCUAGAAAGCGUGUCGCCCUACUGCCCCGUGUGGACAGUGUCCGUUAGGAUUGCCGAAAAAAUCCAGUCAAUCGCAUCACUAACGCGCGACCGGUCUAGUCCUGGGUGAGUUGAAUGCCAUCAGGCAAGUCGACUAACUGGGUGACAGUGGUCUGCGAAAGAAGGCUUCAUAUUUAAUAUAAUGAAAACUGUGCUUGAGACCGAGAUCUUUUAAAGUUCUGGGGAACCUCAAUCUUCCGACAUGUUCUGCUGAGUUUCUUUGCUAAUUUUGCCUAAUAGGCAAUUCUUAUAAUGACCUUUUCUGGUCAUGAGAAGUUUUUCAUGCUUCGGCGUUACUGAAGUACCGAACUUCAAUGGGCCUGUGGGAACUAUGCUCGCGCAAUUUUGAAUCGACCUAUCCACACUUGUACAAUUUUUCAUCCUUCACCCGAGAAAAGCCGUGUAGAUAAUUUACCGUAAACAUUUUGUGCGGAUUACUUGAUCAAGGGCCUUUUAUUACUCGCUCACAAAUCUUCCAUUAUGUAUUGUGUCCAUCAUGGCCACCACCGUACCUUAGGCCUUACUUUUCUAGUUAGGCAUUUGGUAGCCAUACAGCCUUGGGAAAAUUUAAGUCGUGAAUUACGGGAAGAUAAAAAACCGAAGUCUACUUCCUCCGUUUUUAUAAGGUUCUCCUUGGCUUGUUUUGGAUAAUAAGCGGAAUGCUAGAUGGUUGUCUAUUGGUUCUCUCCAUACCAUGUUAGUGUGAAACUUACCACAUAGAGGAUGAGCAAAUACCCGCCGUCUGACAGUCUCACUUGUUCGAUGCCCUUCUUUAGCUCAAUGAUGAUUGUAGACGGCAGUGCCUGGAAUUGCGUUUCGUCGAACUGUCCGAAAAUGGAACUUUUUCGCCCGCGCCUCCCCUUCUCAUUCUGCCGGCUCCUACAUUCACAGUUGGGGAGAACGGCGACCAAAACUGCCUUUCUGAACGCCUGCGCCGUUUGGUUGGUUUCGACAGCACAGGUCUUGUCUGCCUCUGGCCCUCCGAACUGCUCAUGGCGCACAUAUUUCUCAAUCCGGUAGCUGUGUAUGCCCGUCUAUGGGAUGCCAUUGCUACCGCCACUAGCCGGCGUACUUGGCAACGCGUUUGCGAACUCGGAGCCGGCAUGACAGCUGCUGCUGGCCUUGCUAUUGCCAGACGCCGAAGUAAUUUCCCCCAAUCAGACGACCCAUUCUCUGGCCUCGAACUUGUUGUCCUCACUGACGGCAAUGAGGACUGUGUUGCAACAAUUCAGCAAUCGGUUCAACUUCAAGGAUUUUCUAGAGGCCAGACAGAGCUGCCGACGCUGGAAGUCGGGAAACUUCGAUGGUCAUCCUCUGAGGCGAGGUAAUUCAAGUAAAUAUUUGCUGGUUAUUUUUCUGUGCUGGACGCAGCAUCGAAGAUUUUCUUAGUUUGCGCACGCAGUCCGCCGUCCAGAUCGUGAAAGUUAUGACCUCGACCUUACCCGAUUGAUUUCCAUCCUUUUAAUGUCUGGAAAUAUUUAUAAUACUGGGAGCGUGACGGCUUGAACCGCAGUCUGAACAUUACUACACAUUGCCAGACCUCCGUCUGGAGAAAUGGAACGGGUCUUUAUAGGGGUAAUAGCUUGAGAAACAAUACCCCUCGGCCCACUUUACUGCCUAGCUUACCUAGUUCUUGCUGUGAAAAACUGAAGGAAAAGUAUUCGAACUGGAGCAGUGUCCAGUCAUGCUGAAACCCCAAAAUGCCAUCAUCCCCAACGUCCGCUUUCACCAGAGCACUAUCUUGUGCUAGUUUGACUGCAUGGCUGGGGCUGUCCUUCCGUGAUGUAUUUUUUAGAGUCAAAAACCGUCCGUUGACUGAGUAAGCAUUUUAAUUUGAUAGUGCAAUCUAGAUCCGCACUUUUCACCCCCCCUCCCCCUAUAACCGUAGCAAACAGACUCAUAUGUGUAGGUUGCUUUGUGUGCAUGAGAGCCUUGUCCUCCAUGUCUGACCCUAAAUUAAAAACGCGCCCGGGGACGGUCGCUGAUCGGUUAGAAUUACAAGACAGAAGAGGACGAUUGCCGACGGUUCAGCUGGUGAGGCACUGAUAAACUUCGGUCGAAAAAACUGUUUAGGAACACUCGGAUAGACCCCGUCCGUGGACUAUCUGCGCUGCGUUUCUGCUUCCGGUCUCAGGUGGUAUGUAGGGCUGUGAUUGUCUGAAUGAAAGGAGAGAAGGCCCGAAAAAUUCCAAUAUCGAACUACACAUAUCGCUGACGUCAUCCCGCGCCCUGAUAUACAUGUACACAUAUAUGGUGGAGGGACGCGCACCGAUCACGUUACGGAGCCUUCUCGUGCCGUUGUGCCUUAGGGCUCACUCUCGAGCCUGUCAUGAAUAUCCGACCAGCAGCGGCACGAAGUAUGAGUAGAAUAACAUUACCGACAAAGACAAGGGAUGACCCAGAAAUGUUUUACAGUGUUACUAACCUAACACUACCACGAAACUCGUUUACGCUCGAAAAAGAGCUUGACGAUAAACUCCCUUUCAUUGACAUUCUCGUACAGCGAAAGACCGACAGGACAUUUCACAUAUCAGUUUGCUGCAAAGAAACUUAUGCGGAAGUUGUUCUUCAUUACAAGAGCACUGAUCAUAUUACUCACAAACGGAGUGCUAUUACCAGCCUACUUAAUCGAGCAAAAGACACUGCUCAGACAGCAAUAGUAGACAGAUAGAACGUAAUUUAUUUGUUCAAACUUCUUUCCCAAGAUGCGUAUUCUAGAGAUUUUGCAUCUCGAUGCAUUAUACAACAGGAAUCAAAAGACAUAUACUAAGGAGUAAAUUUUUCCGAUCAAGGUUAACUCUUCUGGGCAUUAAACAUGUGUCCGAGCUCGUUGAAAGACACCUGAGGAAACAUCAAUUACAAGUGGCGCACAAACUGAUGACCACAUAACGAAACCAACUGGUGCACCCUAAGGAUAGGGUUCGCUAUUUAGAUAAGAGGUCGCCUGCAAGAUUUCUUGUGACACCUGGAACGCAAUGCACUGUGAUUAAACUGGUAAGUCAGCCUCCGCACGCAUACACGAACAUCAACUUACCGUGAAGAGAUGAAACCACUUGUUCCAAGUUGCCACGCAUACCCCGGAGACUGGCCAUAAAUUCACUUGGGACAAAACUCGUAUUUUGUUCUCUGUCCAUCUGUCGUUGUUGCCUCCAAGCCACCGUGUUCCUCGACCUCCCCCUCGUCAGACGGUGGACCGGUCAACCGUUGCUACUCAGGCAUGGUGUUUUCAGUCUCGCUGGCUCGUCCGUGAGAUAGUGUGCCCUGUCGGCCACGUGACUUUCGCCCGGCGCGUUCCCUUUUCUCCGCGAGCGUUGGCAGUCGGCUCCGUGUGAUUUCUUUCACCCGUCUUUUUGGUCCUGUCUGGGCUGACUACAUACCAUGCCAAAUUGUGAUGCGAGAUAUGUUGGUGAAACGGGCAAAUGCCUCGACACGAGAUUGCACGAGAACCAGCUCGCAAUCAACUGCAAGGAUAAGCUGUCGCUGGUCUAUGGCCACACAACAGCAGAACCACAGUUUCGCCUUUGAGAAAGCGAGGGUUAUCGGCCGAGUCAAUGAUAAGACGGCCAGACUGAUGCUGGAAAGUUUUUCCUCGACUGGCUCACUUAAUCCAGCUAUAGACUCACAUUCUGCCUACCAGAUGCUCUGCACAAGGGUCGAGUCAGUACAGGCAGAGCUAAUAGGGCGGGUGAAGAAAGUCACGCGGGGCCGACAUCCGGCGCUCGCGGAGAAGCGCCGACCGGAGGUCACGUGACCGGCGUGGCACAAUGUCUCACCAGCGUACCCGCGAGGCCGAAAGCACCACGCCUGGGCAACAAUGAUUGACCAUUCCGCCGUCUGACGAUAGGGAAGCCGUGAAGGGGACGCAAGUCCGCCAGUGGUCGAAAUCUGACAGGCUAGAACCAACCAACAGGCCGGCCAACGUACGUGCGUCGAGCAUGGUUAUAAUACGAGACAGGCGACGAGGCUGAGCAAAUCAAGACCAGCAGGGAAAGCCGGCGAAUGACUUUGAUGAUAGAAACGAGGGAGUUUCCGAAACGUCAGUACGAGUACAACCUAGUCCAUCAAAUCGCCCUUUCUUCUUCGGCCACCAGGCCAGAAUUGGCCAUUUCAGUCUCCCUAGUCUUUGUCGGUAACGCCACUUUGCCAAAAUAUUAGCGGCCGAGCCUCUGCUGGCAGAACUCGAGAUUGAGCCCUAAGGAGCGUGUCCUGUAACGCGACCGGUGAGCAUUCCAUCUGAACGUAACCGACAGGACAGCGAGCCCGUGGCUUAAUGGUUAGGGCGUUGGACGCCUAACCAGUAGGUCACGGGUUCGAGUCUUGGGAAUCGCACACCUCGAUAUUAGGUACGACUGGCUGAUGAUGACUGUCAGGCCAGGAUCGGCCGUUCCGGUCUCCCUAGUCGUUGUCGGUAAUGUUAUUCUGCCUGCGAUGCCGUGUAUUGUGUCCAAACGGGAAAAUCUGCCUCUACAAACAUCCACAAACAUCAGCUGGUAAUUAUGUGGCGAUGUCAUCUGUCUCAAAUGGUCAUGCAUACCCUUGAUACCGGACACAAAUUCGCUAUGGACAAAGCUCGCAUCGUCGGAGUUUGCCCCUCAAGAUUUGUAGCCAUGCACUCCGACAAGUCAUGUAUUAAUCGUUACAUUGAGUUGGGUGCCGUGUGCAAAAAUCUCGGGAAAAAUGGGAGAGACGAGAACCGAUCAGUACAGAAUAACACGGCGGCCACUCACUGACGCAAACACCCAAUAAGUGUCAAUUUUUAAGCACGUUUGAAAUGUUAAUUGUUUUUGCUCAUUUGCUCAAGUCUGACGACGACCUGGGGAACAAGCGUGGAUAAUUGACUUAAUAAAGUUUUAUACUUUCCCAAAGGGACAUAUCUGCCUUCAAUGUGUACAUAUAUAUGUACAUAUAUAUGUAGAUCAGAAACGGUGUGCAUAUAUAUGUAUAUAUGGUAGACGGGUGUUCACCAAUCGUUUUUUGCGGAACUCGCUCGUUCCGUUGUGCCUUACGGGCUCUCUCUCGAGCUCAAUCAACAGCCGCACAGCAGCGCAUGAUAUAGGCAAAAUUUUACUAUCGGCAAAGACAAGGGAGACUGGAAUGGCCAGUUCUGGCUUAUUAGUCGUCGUCAGCCAGUCAUACCCAACUCCGAAGUGUGGAACACCUGGGGCUCGACCCCGCGACCUGUCAGUUAGAAGUCCAGCGCCUCUAACCACUGAGCCACGGGCUCGAUGUCCUGUUGGUUGCGAUUGGUAAUGUACAUUCUGCCUAUAUCAUGCGCCGCUGUGCUGCUACUGAUUUGCUUCGAGAGAGCCCGUGAGGCACAACGGAACGAGUGAGUUCCGUAAAAACGAUCGGUGAGUACCCCUCUACCAUUGCACAUUCCCGAUCACAACCGACAGGACAUCGAGCCCGUGGCUCAGUGGUUAGAGGCGUUUGACUUCUAACUAACAAGUCACGGGUUCGAGCCACAGGUGUUCCACACUUUGGGACUAGGUAUGACUGGCUGACGGCGGUUAAUUAUCCAGAAGUAGCCAUUCCAGUCUCCCUAGUCUUUGUCAAUAAUAACAUUCUGCCGAUAUGUAUCUAUAAAGAGUGAGAGAGGGGAAGCGAUUCCUGGAUACAACAUUGCAUUUUUCUGACGUUUCAAAUCCUCAGCCGCACCCUCGACUUGUCAUCGCAGCUUUUUGUAGGUCGGCUGUUGACAGGCGUGUCUGUUAACUGUUUUAUUGUUUGAAUACCGAUUUUCCUACAGUUGCUGUAAACUGCAGUCUCGCGAUCGACCCUAGACCGCUACACAGUCGAAGUCGAAGUUGUGGGAAACGACAGCCACACUAAACGGCUUCAUACAUCACAAGAGGAUUUGUCUUAAGGGGUCAUUCUCAGACAUUCAUCGGGAUUGAAAAAAUGACAGCAAAUCACGACUCACUUAACAGUCUUGUUCGAAAACACGCAUUCCGGGUGGAUCUGAGAUAGGAGUGGACAGUUUCUCCGACAGAACAGCAACAACAAAAAAUGUACAUUGCAAACGGAUGUGCAUCCACCAUCAACUUUAUCUAGAAAUCCACGAAGCUGUUGCGCGUUCAGUUGCCCCAACCACGUACCCACUCCUAUUGCUGGCUUAUAACAGUGGCUCCAACCUCUUGAUCCUGUUUAAUCCUGUUCGAAAAAUCCGUCACUACGCUCGGCAACAAUUUAACGCUCUUGAGGUUGAACCAGCAGGGCGUUGUCUAGGCAAGGUACAGAAUAUCCUCCCAUCGACAGCUUCUUUCAAGCCCAUAUCAUUCGUCUGGUCUCCGUCCUUGUACUGGAGUCCAUCAGAAACCACGCAAUCCCUUCUCAUCACGAUCAGCUUCGCCGGUAACUAAUUUUCACUGCCGGGGCAAACAAUUAGCAAAUCACCGGGUGUGUCCGGAUGCUCGUUUUCGCCGACUUCUCAGGGAGUUAAGACUGUUUACUAGGGGUCUUUACACCAGUGGUCUGCUAUCUCCACCCUGCAAGGAUGCUUAACCCACGCACACGCUAGCCAACACCCCCACCCAGCUGGGGGCGCCUGUGGUUUGUGUACGUGUGCUGACUGUGCGUCUUGGCACACCCGUUAAUUUCUCACUGUUUCACGGUGCUUAAACAGUUGUACGCGGGGACGGCCUUUAUUGUGGGUGAGGCGCCGGAAGUUCCGCGCGUAGUAAUUUCAAGGUGCUAGAUACCGCCCCCCCCCGCCCUGGUCUGAACAAAUAUCCUUUCAAUCACAGACUAACCAAGUGUAGACAAGUCGUGACGCUUUUGGAGAGGUGGGUGGUGGUGAAAGGUGUGAGUUUACGCCAUCCGCGUCCUACCGUCAGCCUGCUUUGGAGCACACAGUGGACGUCGUCGGCAACGACGGUCGAACUCUCAUGAAGCACGCGCCCUAGACAUCCAUUUCCGAUGUGCAGCAGCGGCGGUCAGAUAAACCCCAGUGGCAGUAGUGGCAGUUCUGUUCCGCAUGGAGUGGGUGCGUUGGGUCAGAAUUGAUCACCAUAAGCCUGUGGUUGAGUGCGUCGUAGAAAAUUAGUUGCAGUUUUGGAGGGUUUUUAACGAAGUUUUCAGGGUUGGAUUUUGGAUGCCUACCAACCCUGAUAGUCGCCCAGGGCUAGACAUUUGCUAGCCCGUUUGACUAGUGCAGAGCUAGUAGCCUGACUAGCUGAGAGUGCUCGAUCUGUGCGAGGAGAGUAGCUUUUCUGCUACACCCCCGCCUUGAUGCUCACCCGAGUGCAUUUUCCACGUCACGCGUGGGGAGUCCCUUUGCGCGUACGCACGCGCUUUGUCCGGAAUUUAGGCCCCUGUCUGGCGACUUGAAUCACCUCGGCUACAACACCCUCAGCUCGCCCGAGAAGGCGCGUCAACCUACUGUCCCCAUGUGGACAGUGUCCGCUAGGAUUGCUGAAAAAAAUCCAGCCAAUCGCAACACUAGCUCGCUACCGGGCUAG